UGAACCCUUUACGAAGACUGUCAAUGUCAAAUUUCUUGUUCAAGUCAAGUGUAACAAGCAUGACGAAAGACUAUUACGCGAUACUCGGCAUUCCGAAAGGAGCCUCCGAUGAUGAAAUCAAAAAAGCCUACCGAAAACUCGCCCUAAGAUACCAUCCGGACAAAAAUAAAUCGCCCGGUGCGGAGGAAAAGUUUAAAGAUGUCGCCGAGGCCUACGAAGUGCUCUCCGACAAGAAAAAGCGAGAUCUCUUUGACCAGUACGGCGAGGAGGGCCUGAAAGGAGGAGUUCCCGGAGGAGGAACGUUUCAUGACGGUACCACUUACUACUCGUUUCAUGGAGAUCCGCGAGCCACGUUCGCUCAGUUCUUUGGCAGUGCCAGUCCCUUUGAAGAGCUAUUUUCCUUCGGGAGUUCGUUUUUCGAUCACCCAACUGUUAGGGUGCAGCAACAACCACCACAACAACGAUCCAGAGACCAGGAUCCGCCAGUGGAAGUUGACCUCUACGUAGCACUGGAGGAUAUUUUGACUGGUUGCUCCAAAUCCAUGAGAAUUACGAAAAAGGUGUUGAAAAGCAACGGGAAAUUGAUCAAGGAGGACAAAAUAUUGAACAUUGCGAUCAAACCUGGAUGGAAAUCGGGAACGAAAAUCACGUUCGCUAAAGAGGGCGACCAAGGUCUGAACAAGGAGCCUGCUGACGUCGUAUUCACAAUCAGAGACAAACCUCAUCCCACUUACAAGAGGGAUGGAAGUGACAUCCGAUACACUGCAAAGGUGAGCUUGAAAGAGGCGCUUUGUGGAUGCGUCCUAUCAGUCCCACUCCUUGGAGGAGGACGCACCACUCUGGGCAUGACAGAGGAAGUAAUAAGGCCUGGGACUGUAAAAAUCAUCCACGGGCAAGGCCUGCCCCAGCCCAAAGAGCCUUCGAGAAGAGGCGAUUUGCUUGUGAGCUUUGACAUUGCGUUUCCCGAACGAAUCACUUCAGAAAUGAGGAAAAAACUGGCCCAGAUUUUGCCCUAAGAGUUUCCUAUUUACCAGUUCGUUUUUAGCCGCAGUGUUGUGGCGUUGAUGUUUGCUUGCAAUAAUACGAUCUAAUGGCCUAGUUCUAUUUCUGUCUUUAACUGCUCGUUGCAUUGGAGGCGACUUAAAUGCCAGAAAAUAAGCCUGUUAGGAAGAGAAAGGCGAUUUGGGUCAGCGCCUGGAAACACCUGCCAUUAUUUUUACGCAUUCUAGUUGAUAAUUCAGACUCAAUGUGAAGUGCUACCUACUGAAAGAUCCUUUAAAGUUCGCAAUAAAAUUGAGUCGUUGA